AUGCACCUAAGGAAAACCAGACGUAAGUACCAACCACUGCCAGUUGCAAAGACUAACAACUCCCAGUGUUUGGAGAAGCACGGUGUCGCUGUCCCUGGCUAUGAUGUUCCUGAUGUGGGCAAUCACAAACGACAAUUCAGAGCCGCCAACCUGUCUGGUGGCCCUGGGUAUACGCGUUUUCACGAUCCCGUCCUCGAGCUCAGCAAAGUAUCAAAUCGCAGAGACGACGACGGGCUUGAUCUUCUCCAUCACCAGAACCCAUUAUUCCAUAGGGCAAGGGAAUAUGAGGCAGAAACAGGAGUGAGAUCCUCUUUGUCCAUCAAACAGCCCACCGGCUGCGCAACAGGCGAAGAAGACCAAGUGAAAAAUUUGUCACGUCGUCAAAAUUUGUACCCUGCUUUAUAUGCCUCGUUUGCUUACGUGAGCCGCUCACCCAAAUAUGGCAAAACAAAUACUUAUUCUUAUCCUGGUCUGUCAAAUAGCAUGAAAUAA